GGCGGCGACUCUGGGCGCGUCCCCUACUUCGGGGCACCGCUGGCCGGUGCCCUACAAGCGCUUCGCUUUCCGUCCAAAGCCAGACCCCUACUGUCAGGCUAAGUAUACCUUCUGUCCCACUGGCUCACCCAUCCCACUUAUGAAGGACAAUGACGUCAUCGAAGUCUUAAGACUACAAACCCCUGUUUGGGAAUUUAAAUAUGGAGACCUCCUGGGAUACUUUAAAAUUAUGCACGAUGCUAUUGGAUUCAGGAACACAAUGACAGGCAAGAACUACACAAUGGAGUGGUAUGAGCUUUUUCAGCUUGGCAACUGUACGUUUCCUCACCUUCGGCCUGAAAUGGAUGCUCCGUUCUGGUGUAACCAAGGAGCAGCCUGCUUUUUUGAAGGAAUUGAUGACAGACACUGGAAGGAGAAUGGGACAUUAGCUCUAGUCGCGACCAUAUCCGGAAACACAUUUAACAAACUGGCGGAGUGGGUGAAGCAGGACAAUGACACGGGGAUCUAUUAUGAGACGUGGACGGUCCGGGCCAGCCCAGGAAAGGGGGCGGAGACGUGGUUUGAAUCCUACGACUGUUCGAAAUUUGUGUUAAGGACAUACGAGAAACUGGCUGAAUUCGGAGCAGAAUUCAAGAAGAUAGAAACAAACUAUACAAGAAUAUUUCUUUACAGCGGAGAACCUGCUUACCUGGGAAACGAAACAUCUAUUUUUGGGCCAAAAGGAAACAAGACUCUUGCUUCCGCCAUAAAAAAAUUUUAUAACCUCUUCAAACCACACUUGUCAACCAAAGAAUUUCUGUUCAGUCUCUUGAAAAUUUUUGAUACAGUGAUUAUGCACAGAGAGUUCUACCUGUUUUAUAACUUUGAAUAUUGGUUCCUACCUAUGAAAUUCCCCUUCGUCAAAAUAACAUACGAGGAAAUCCCUCUGCCUAGCAGAGGCCCACUUCCUGACCUGUGACGCUUGCAGUCCGCUGCUCUCUCCAGCCACCUGCACCCAUUUUCUUCCAGGGGUGUCUUUACUUCUGUGUCUUUAUUCUCUCCUCCUUCUCAGGGCAGGAAGGUGAAGUGCUCGAAGUUGGAAGUGCGGUGUACUGACAGUUCAAGACUCUUGGAAAGAAGUGGAAGCAUAAAUGUACAGGCCAAAGUGAAUGUGUUAAGAUCUUGAUAUUAUUGGGAAUCGGCUGAUACUAGCUGUGGAGUUCGUUGAUCCAAUGCUGACAGUUUUCUAUUACAGCAGUGCUGUUUCUUAGUUUAAGAGCUUUCUGGUCAUCUAAAGAAUAGCUGUUGUUAUAGCUACGGCAACUGGGGCCCAGGUCUGCCUGCUUUCUAGUCACGUAACCUCAAGGACCGGUUUGGACCCCAUUGCUGGAGCAGUGUCUCUGGACACAGGAAGAUGGUGUUAGAGAGCAGAUUUUCUGGCCAGCGUUUGAGAAUUGGCUAGCAACUAACUGGCUGUUGUGACAGAAGCAACUUAACAUCUCCAAAUUUGUGUCCUUGCCUCAAAUGGGAAGAUUGAGGACACCCAUGUUGGCAUAGGAAGGGCACACUGAAUGUCCGGAGUCACUGAGACUUUGAGCUGACAGAAAUACAUACUGCGUCAGCAGUUUUUCAGUCCAGGCCAUGGAAGUAUCUGGCUGCAGACACGGCUGGGCGAAAUGUACUUCUGACUUCUUGUGUGUGCCCUCUGUUCUUCAUCCAUUAACAAGGCUAGCACAGUGACGAGGGUGCGCUUUCUUGGAAAGGAUGGGAUUUAGUCGAGGACCUUCAAUUCAUUAUGCUUGUACUACGGGCUUUAGACAAGCUCUCAGGGUCCCGUAUUUAUCAGUUGAACCCACCUUUUUUCUUUUGUUCUUCUCUCCUACUCAUAAAAACACACUAACACAAUAAUGGGGGGAAAAAGCCUGUGUAAUAUGCAAAUGAGCCAGUUAUUCAAUUCACCUACCGUUUGAGUGCUUCUUGAGAGGUCAGUACACCAUUGUGAGCUGUCAUAGAAAGCCUCAUCAUACAGAUCUGCUGGCCCAGAUGGGUAAGUCGGGGCUUAGCAGGGUCAAGUGAACCUGGAAUUGUGUGUUCUCUCAGGUUAUGCCGGAUGAAUGGAUGCACUGACACUUUUUGGCAGUAUUCAGAGUGUGGCCUUCAGACCAGUAUCUGUGCACUACAUGUUACCAGUCUGUGCCAUUCCCUGUUCAGUCUAAUAAAAACAAAGGACAAAAACCAA